CAUAGAGUUGUUCUAGUAAACACUGCAAACUCACCCUCUUUCCACAUCAUAUAUACCCGAGUCACUGCUAGUUACUGUUCAUAACCACACACAUUCACCAUGACUUCAUUCGACCAAUACACAGAUCGUGCGGCUAAGGCACUGGCCGACAGUUUCGACCUGGCCAAGUCGUACGCACACUCACAACUCGCACCGAUCCAUCUCGCCGUUUCCCUUAUCGACCCCCCUCCAGACCCAGCCUUCCCCGACAAACAACAAUCAGCGCCCAUGUUCAGGCAGGUCGUCGACCGUGCAAAUGGAGACGCCCAGCAGUUUGAACGCGCGCUGAAGAAGGCACUGGUCAGGCUACCGAGCCAGGACCCUCCACCAGAGCGAACCUCACCCUCUCCUGGCAUGACCAAGGUGCUUCGCGCAGCCGAAGACCUCAGCCGAACCCAAAAGGAUAGCUACAUUGCCGUAGAACAUCUUAUCUCCAGCUUGGUGCAGGACGCCAGCAUUCAAAAAUGUCUCGCCGAGGCCAAUGUACCAAACACCAAGCAGAUCGACCAGGCUAUCCAGGCAAUCCGGGGAACAAAGCGAGUGGACUCGAAAACCGCAGAUGCAGAGGAGGAUAAUGAGAACCUGAAGAAGUUCACGAUUGACAUGACGGCGAUGGCGAGGGACGGCAAGAUCGACCCUGUCAUCGGCCGUGAAGAAGAGAUUCGUCGCGUGGUUCGCAUUCUGUCCAGGCGAACCAAGAACAACCCAGUUCUUAUUGGAGAACCCGGUGUAGGAAAGACCACAGUCGUUGAAGGUCUUGCACGACGAAUUGUUGAUGCUGACGUUCCGGCCAACCUUGCAGCCUGCAAGUUGCUUUCCCUCGAUGUAGGUGCCUUGGUUGCCGGCAGCAAAUACCGCGGAGAGUUCGAAGAGCGCAUGAAGGGAGUGUUGAAGGAGAUUGAGGAAUCUAAGGAGAUGAUAGUGCUCUUCGUAGACGAAAUUCAUCUUCUCAUGGGAGCCGGUUCUUCCGGUGAGGGAGGCAUGGACGCUGCCAACUUGCUCAAGCCCAUGCUUGCCCGUGGCCAGCUUCACUGUAUCGGUGCCACAACACUAGGAGAGUACCGCAAGUACAUUGAGAAGGACCAGGCUUUCGAACGUCGUUUCCAGCAGGUCCUUGUCAAGGAGCCGUCGAUCCCUGAGACCAUUUCCAUUCUUCGUGGAUUGAAGGAGAAGUACGAGACCCAUCACGGUGUCACCAUCAUGGAUGGUGCCAUUGUUUCUGCUGCUACUUUGGCAGCCCGCUACCUCACCCAGCGCCGUCUUCCCGACUCCGCAGUCGACCUUAUUGAUGAGGCUGCAGCGGCAGUGCGGGUGACCCGCGAAUCGCAACCAGAAGCGCUUGAUAAUCUCGAGCGCCGUCUGCGUCAGCUCCAGAUUGAAAUCCAUGCUCUCGACCGAGAAAAGGAUGAUGCUUCCCGCCAACGUCUGAAGGAAGCAAGGGCAGAGGCCGCCAACAUUGAGGAAGAACUCAAGCCUCUGCGCGAAAUGUACGAGCGCGAAAAGGAGCGUGGCAAGGAGAUUCAGGAAGCGAAAUUGAAGCUCGAGAACCUCCGCAACAAACUUCUCGAGGCUGAACGUAUUCGAGACAUCCAGACCGCUUCGGAUCUCAAGUACUACGCCAUCCCCGAUGUGGAGCAGCGCAUUGAUGAGCUGGAACAUGAAAAGAAGAAGAAUGAUGCCGAGAUGUGGAGCCGUCAGGGCGGGGCCGGAGAAGCACUUCUGAGCGACACCGUUGGACCAGACCAGAUUAACGAGAUUGUUGCUCGAUGGACCGGUAUUCCUGUCACCCGACUCAGGACAACCGAGAAGGAGAAGCUCAUUCACAUGGAAAACCAUUUGAGUAAGGUUGUUGUUGGUCAAAGAGAGGCAGUCCAGGCUGUCUCGAAUUCCAUCCGACUUCAACGGUCUGGCCUUGCCAAUCCCAAUCAACCGCCCAGUUUCUUGUUCUGUGGUCCCUCUGGUACUGGUAAAACGCUCCUUACCAAGGCAUUGGCCGAGUUCCUGUUCGAUGACCCAAAGAGCAUGAUCCGGUUCGAUAUGUCAGAAUACCAGGAGAGGCAUUCGCUCAGCCGAAUGAUUGGUGCUCCGCCAGGAUACGUGGGCCACGAUGCAGGAGGUCAGCUCACCGAAGCUCUCCGACGUCGUCCAUUCUCUAUCUUGUUAUUUGAUGAGGUGGAGAAGGCUGCCAAAGAGGUCCUAACUGUCCUCUUGCAGCUCAUGGAUGACGGCCGCAUCACCGAUGGACAAGGUCGUAUCGUCGAUGCAAAGAACUGCAUUGUCGUCAUGACUUCCAACUUGGGUGCUGAAUACCUCUCACGUCCAAACGCUGCAGAUGGCCGCAUCGAUCCAACCACGAAGGACAUGGUCAUGGGUGCUUUGCGCUCAUACUUCCUUCCGGAGUUCUUGAACCGUAUCUCCUCCAUCGUUAUCUUCAACCGUCUUACAAAGAAAGAGAUUCGCAAGAUUGUCGAUGUGCGCAUGUCAGAGAUCCAGAAACGACUGGUAGACAACGGACGGAAUGUGUUCAUCGACAUGACACCGGAUGUCCGCGACUACCUUGGUUCUGCUGGAUACUCGCCAGCUUAUGGUGCUCGUCCUCUCGCACGCUUGAUCGAGAAGGAAGUGCUCAACCGUCUCGCCGUUAUGAUCCUAAGAGGAUCGAUCAAGGAUGGCGAAACCGCCCGGGUUGUCAUGGACGAUGGUCACAUCCUCGUGCUACCCAACCACACCGACAGCGAGGAUGAUUCAGAGAUGUAUGAGGAUGAAGACGAUGCAUUGGCAGAUCUCGAAGGUGAUGAGGGCAUGGACCUCUACGACUAAAUCAACCACACCCCAUCAACCGAGAUGUAGAAACAGAAAAAAAAAGUACAAUGUCUAGAGUUGGUCUAGUAUCAUCUAGGACGGAGCGAAUGGAGUUUUAUGAAGGUUAUGAGUUUACGACUGUACUUUGGGAACAUACAUUUCUCAUAGUAUCAUGAUCAUUAAUACUGUUAGAGCAUUUGCAUCACACUUUUGAUGCAAUAAUAUAUACAAAUUCUCAGAAAAUAGGGAUAAACGAAAAGUCUUCUUCUGUAGAUAGGUAUUUCCAAGCCUAUAAAAGAAUUAAUCUUGAUAUCACAAAA